UUAUUUCAGUCCUUGAUUGUUUUUAUUGUUUUGUUUUUUGUGUUUUUUUUUUUAUGUCAACUGUGCUGCUUAAUUAGAACACCUUUCAGAUAAGAUCUCCAUUUGCUCUGCCAGGCAGGGCAAGGUUGGUUGUCACUGGUUAAGUAGAACCCCAGACUCAAGAAGUAUGCAAACCUCAAAAAAUAAAACUUCGUGGAACCCAGCUCACUUUAGGGCUGAUGUCUCUCCAACUGUGAAGAGAUGCAUUUUAUUUAUCCCUAUGAAAAGAAAGGAAGAGCCAGGUCUGGUUGUUUCAUUCAGUUUUUGUUCUAGGUCGAAGACUCCCAAGUUAAAAUGGAAAGCAUAUAACCCUUUCCAGAGACAAAUAGGAAUAUAUUCAUUUUUUCUUUGGAAAAAGUUAAGGAGAGAAUUGUUCUGCCUGGAGUGAUCCUUUGUUUUGCUCAUAGAGUUUUACUUCCCAAAGUGGCAUAUAUUAUGUUAAAAACAAAUUGAUUAAUAGUUAAAUGAAACUAUGAAUAAAGUGAACAAUUUCCUAGGGCUUCCUAGAAUGGCAGGUCUAUUCCCAGGGGAAGAUACAGACCAUCCACAACCAUUUAUGGGGUAUAUGUGAAGUACCUGUGAUGCGAUGGUGAGAAGAAAGACUGGUCUCCAUCCUCACAGGGCCUGUCUUCCAUGCGUGGAGUACACACGUAAACAGAGCAUUGGGAAUUGGCCUGACUGGUACACAGCCUUUGCUCAGAUCUGGGCUCUGUGUGCUGUGUUCUUGAGCAUGUUUAUCGUUCACUCUGUGCCAGUCUCCUAAUCUAAGAAGAAAGAUAAUAGUUCCAACCUGCUAGUACUGUCUAAUGAUUAAUAUAUGUAUGCAUAAGGUGUUUAAAUUUGCACCUGGAACCUAGUCAGUGCUCAUCAGUAUUGACUGGAAUUCUAGAAUAAUGUACCUUGUACAGAGGUAGGGAACAGGGAUUACAUAUUGAGAGAAAGGCCCUUCAUUAGUGGGGUAGCCUUUGAAGUCAUUCAGGAUGACCUUUCUAUGAGCUGAGGACCUCUGACCUAAAUGUAAGACUUGGCUGGGAGUGAGGUCAGGGUACAAGUGGGCCUGUUGGGGAGGGAGGUGGUGUGAGGGGCCAUUGCUAAAGCCCUUAGGCCACAGAGGGACAUGUGCUCACCAUGGUGGCAAAAGUGCAGACAGAUGGAGAUGGGAAUAGUAAACCAGAGGCUAUUGUAGGUGAGGGAUAACAAUGGUCUAAAUUGACAGGGCUUCCUGAGAAGGGUUGGAAGGAUAUUUGGGAAUUGGGCCUGGCCCAGUGGGGACCUUGAUUGUAGGAGAUACAUGUAAUCCUGGAGAGCUCUCAGAUGACAAGGGGGUAGCUUUGGUACAACUGCGAAAUAACAGUUUAAUGACAUGUGCCUGUAUUCCCUCAGUCUUGUGAAUAUUCUAAACUAAUGCUAUAUUAAUUAAAACCUGAUUGUUUGCUAUGUGUCAGGCAUUCUGUUAGACACUAAAAGUAGAAAAAUGAAAACACUGCUCUCCUUGCACUUAAGAGUUCUGCCUAGAGCAGUGGUUCUCAACCUUCCUAAUGUUGUGGUGACCCCCAACCAUAAAAUUAUUUUCGUUGCUACUUCAUAACUGUAAUUUUGCUGCUGUUAUGCAUCGUAAUGUAAAAUAUCUGAUAUGCUAUAUGUGUUUUCCGAUGGUCUCAACCCACAGGUUGAGAACCGCUGGCCUAGAGGGACAGAUAGGCAUGUGAUCAUUUCAUCACCAUGAAAAGUGAAAUGUUGCCAGGCACUGGGGAAACAGCAAAAAAUGAAAACCAGAUACCAGGUUCCUUGAGAGUAGUAGCCUGAAAUGUGGGGUUUGGGCCCAGAGGAAGGAGCUGGAAUCCCAGCUGUGUGGGCUCUUCCUUCACGAGCAAGUUCUCCCCCUGUUGCAUUUGAAAUUGAAGAGCCAUCCUUGGAGCCAGAAAAUGAGAAAAUACUCGACAUUUUGGGGGAAACUUGUAAAUCUGAGCCAGUAAAAGAAGAAGGUUCCGAGCUGGAGCAGCCAUUUGCACAGGAUACAAGUAGCGUGGGGCCAGACAGAAAGCUUGCGGAGGAAGAGGACCUUUUUGGCAGCGGCCACCCGGAGGAGGGUGAUUUAGAUUUGGCCAGCGAGUCAACAGCACAAGCUCAGUGGAGCGAGGCAGACACCCUGUUAGCGGUAGUGAAAAGGGAGCCCGUGGAGCAGACAGGCGGUGACGAGAGGAUGGACUGUGAGCCUGUAGGGCUAGAGGAGCCAGUUGAGCAGAGUAGUAAAGCCUCAGAGCGCGCAGAAGCCUCUAGCGAGGAGGUCGCAGAAGCGCCCCAGGAAGCCUCAAGCCCAGACCCCAGAGAUAGCAAAGAAGACGUGAAGAAGUUUGCUUUUGAAGCUUGUAAUGAAGUCCCUCCGGCUCCUAAAGAGUCCUCAGCCAGUGAGGGCGCUGAUCAGAAAAUGAGUUCUGUCGAAGAUGACUCGGAUACAAAACGGCUUUCCAAAGAGGAGAAAGGUCGUAGCAGUUGUAGAAAUUUCUGGGUUAGUGGACUUUCUUCCACCACCAGAGCUACAGAUUUGAAGAAUCUUUUCAGCAAAUAUGGAAAGGUGGUGGGUGCCAAGGUUGUGACAAAUGCUCGGAGUCCUGGAGCUCGCUGCUACGGCUUUGUGACAAUGUCCACAGCGGAAGAGGCCACAAAAUGCAUUAACCACCUGCACAAGACUGAGCUCCACGGGAAGAUGAUCUCAGUGGAAAAGGCAAAAAAUGAGCCUGCUGGAAAGAAAACGUCUGACAAAAGAGACGGUGAAGGGAAAAAAGAGAAGUCCAGCACCAGUGACAGAUCAGCAAACCUUAAAAGGGAAGAUAAAGCUGACAGAAAGGAUGAUGCUAAAAAGGGUGAAGAUGGAAGUGGAGAAAAGAGUAAAGAUCCAGAUGAUCAGAAACCUGGCCCUUCAGAGCGAUCUCGAACCACAAAAUCAGGUAGUCGAGGAACCGAGCGGACUGUAGUAAUGGAUAAAUCUAAAGGUGUGCCUGUUAUUAGUGUCAAAACAUCGGGAUCCAAAGAGAGAGUUUCUAAGAGCCAGGAUCGCAAAUCAGCCAGCAGAGAGAAGCGGUCUGUUGUGUCCUUUGAUAGAGUCAAAGAGCCUCGGAAAUCAAGAGACUCCGAGUCCCGCAGGUUGCGUGAGCGCAGUGAGCGGGAGCAGCGCAUGCAGGCACUGUGGGAGCAGGAGGAGCGGGAGCAGCUGGAGUAUGCCCGGGAGAGGCUGGCCUUCCAUCGGCACCGCCUGGAGCGGGAGCGCAUGGAGCGGGAGCGGCUAGAGCGCGAGCGCAUGCACGUGGAGCACGAGCGCAGGAAGGAGCAAGAGCGCAUUCACCGAGAGCGGGAGGAGCUGUGGCGUCAGCAGGAGCUGCGCUAUGAGCAGGAACGGCGGCCCACUGUGCGGAGGCCCUAUGACGUGGAUGGCCGGCGAGAUGAUGCCUAUUGGCCAGAAGCCAAGAGAGCUGCCCUGGAUGAGCGUUACCAUUCUGACUUCAGCCGCCACGACCGCUUCCAUGACUUUGACCACAGAGACCGGGGCCGCUACCCUGACCACUCAGUAGACAGGAGAGAAGGUUCAAGGUCAAUGAUGGGAGAAAGAGAAGGACAGCAUUAUCCUGAACGCCACGGAGGACCAGAGCGCCAUGGACGGGACUCCCGUGACAGGUGGGGUGGAUAUGGCUCUGACAAGAGGAUGAGCGAGGGCCGGGGACUGCCUCCUCCACCCAGGGACAGACGUGACUGGGGGGACCAUGGCCGAAGAAUUGAGGAUGACCGUGCAUGGCAGGGCGCUACUGAUGGAGGCAUGAUAGACAGGGACCACAAGAGGUGGCAAGGUGGUGAGAGAAGCAUGUCUGGUCACUCUGGGCGAGGUCACAUAAUGAACAGGGGAAGGAUGUCAGGACUCCGAACAUAUGAGCAUCUGCAUUUGUUCCAGGCGUGGCAGCUUUACCCCAGCUGGGGCCUCUCGGGGCCACGUGAUCCCGCGUGGCGGAAUGCAAGGUGGAUUUGCUGGCCAGAGCCGGGGCAGCCGGCCCAACGACGCCCGCUUCACUCGCCGCUACUAAGUGCUUGGAAUCCUGCGUUCCGUCAUGUGGCAACCAGAGUAUGUUCUUUUAGGAGUUAUCUUAAACUGUGUACAAUAUCUUUUUUUUUUUUAUCUGCUGCCAUAUUGUAGCUCGAUACAAUGUGAAUUUGUUUUUUGGUUUUUUUUUGUAAUAAAUGUGUUUCUGUCCACAUAUCCUUUA